ACGUCAGAAAAACGAGAUAAGAAAUAUUUAAUAAAAAUAGAGUGAAAUGGAGUCAAAAAUACAAGGAAAUGAAAAGGAUUUAAGGUCUUUAAUUGAUAAUUUAAAGGAGAGAAUUUUUUGCCUAGAAAAUAAUAUUUUUAAUAAUGAAUUAAAUAAUAUAUCAGGACAUGUAUCAAAACUUUCAGUAUUAGAUAAGGCGAAAUUCUAUAUAACUCUGUGCUAUGCAAUGAAUUCGUUGAUUUUUAUGAUUUUAAAACUCAAUCAAGUUGAUCUUAAAAAUCAUGGAGUAAUGAAAGAGUUAAAAAGAGUUGAGGAAUAUGUAUUAAAGAUUAAGGAGAUAGAAAUGUCAAAUUCUGAGAGAACCAUGGUAUUAAAUAAGCAAGCAGCAAGGCGUAUUAUAGCGCAUGAUCUUUCAGAAAAUGUAAAAAACAAUAAUAAGAAAGAAUCUAUAGAUAAUGAGGAUCAUUUGAAUUCAAAUGUAUCAUGUCGAGGAAGGGUUCAUAUAAGAUUUGAAGAAUCAGAUAUAAAUAAGUCAGAAACAUUGGAUACUAAAGAAAUAAAGAAUGAAAAAGGAAUAGGAACAAGUGUGAGACAUUUUGAAGAAUCAAUGGGAUUUAUGGGAAGUCAUUCAAAAACUCAAAAUAGGGCGUCUAAAAAGCAAAAAAAAAGUAAAAUAUGAGAAUAAUAUGAUAUUUAAUAGAAUAUUUUUGAAUAAAUAAGAAUCA